AGAAGGUGAUUUGAGAACUCCGGUGGGUGGAGGGGUGGGGGAAAGGGAGAAAUAUCAGUCUCUGUAAUUGCUGCCUUUUCAGAGUAAGCUGCAUCCCUCCCUCCCUAUCCUUUUGCUCCCGCAAGCCUGAAAUCCACUGAAUAAUUCAUUCAGAUCAGAAGCACCAAAUUUUCCCAUGCUGAUCUCUCCAGUGUGCAUCCUGUAGAGCACAAGACGAAGCUCCUAGGUCUUCAGGUGAACCACUAAAGCUCAUGAAGGCUACUCAUUGAAGGCUGUACUGGGACUCCUGAUAAUGUCUUUUCCUCUUUUUGCCAGCUUUUCUCAAGAAGGCACUCCUUUAUGCCUUACAUUCUCCUGGCCAUUGCACUAACUUCAUAGUUGCAACAGUGGAGGUAUAUAGUUGGAUUUCUGUGUGCUCCGGAUCUUCUCAUCUGCUUGACUGCUUUUGCCUUAUCUCUUCGGGUCUUGUUGGAUCAUAACAUGCCUAGCCUCACUUGACUUCCUGAAGAAUUCCUAUUAUAUCCUUUCUUUUAUCUGCAACUGAUUCUGGAUCGAACAUGCUCUGAAAAAAUUGUUGGUUUCCAUAGCAUCGAGUUUCUCUGCUUGUUUGGGAUAGAUUUGCCUGCACUCUUUUAGACAUUUUGAAUGCUCAGGAUCAUUUCAAUCAUCUGCCUGUGUUGUUCUUUUGUUGUGUGUCACCAACUGCCAGAUGUAUCUUGAUUUCUUCUUGACUCAGCUUCUUAGCCACUUCCAAAAUCAAGCAGGAAUGAAGACUGCCUGGAGCAUUGCCUGAUUUGUGUGCACCAGGAUGCCCAACACUUCCUCCACUUCGAGUUCCAGAUCUUUACAACUGCUGCUUUGCGAAGAAGACACUCUAGGAACCAGGAUUUCGUUGUCUCUUGUUUAUUUGUUACUGGCUGUCUCUGGAACUUUAUCAAACAUCAUGGUGAUCUAUCUGGUCUUCACCUUCCGAAAGCUGCGCACCACUAGCAAUGCUUUCAUUGUAAAUGGCUGCAUCGCUGACCUUAGUGUUUGUGGCCUUUGGAUGCCCCAGGAAGCUGUACAGGGACUUCUACCUCCUGCUUCUCCUACAAUUCACUCUGAGGGCUACCGCCUGCUUCGGGUUGGGCUGGUAGGCCUUGGACUCAUUGUCUCAUUGCUUUCCCACCUCUUGGUGGCCCUCAACCGGUAUGUCCUCAUCACCAAGCCGCCAGUCACCUACCAGGCUCUGUACCAGCGGAAGCACACAGCUUGGAUGAUCAGCUUGACCUGGGGGGUUGCUCUUCUCCUUGCCUUGGUGCAGCCAGGGCUGCAAGCUUGGCAGCUUGACCAGAAGGGGUAUGGAAAUGCUACCCGUAGCAAGAGUUCUAGCUACACAGGCCUGCUGGUAGCCCUAGCUGUUCUCAGUCAGACCAUCCUCCUCCUGCACUGCUACAUGGGGAUCGUGAGGAGGGUGCGGGGCAGUGUCAAGCGGGUCAGUGUCCUCAACUUCCACCUACUACAACAGUUGCCCUUCCCAGCUGGCCCACAAGCUCCACGCCGGGCACAGCGUCGGCUGAGCAGCAUUUCUGUCCUACUUCUCUGCCUCGCCUUUCUCCUGGCCACGCAGCCCCUGGUGUGGGUCAGCCUGCUGGGCUUCUUCCUCCAGGCUGUGCCACGAGGGCUGCAGUUAGCCAGCUGGCAGCUCUUCUGUUCCCUCUCUGCCUUCAACCCUGUGCUUUACACAUGGAAGAAUGAGGAGUUCCGGCGUUGCUUGCGCUUAGUGCUCCUACCUGGAGGGGAUGCGGCGGCUGUAGUGACGGCCACCGCAGCAGCCACAACGGCUCUUCCCACAGUCUCUCUUCCACCACAGGAGCCAUCGCAAUUGAGUACCAAGGUAGACAGCAUGGGAAGCUUAGUAUUUCAAUGACCUGCUCAAGGACAAACUCUCAUUGAAAAGGUGCUGAGAGGCAUUUGUCUGCUGAAUUUGACUCACUGAACUGGAGACUCUCCCUCAAGGAAAGCUUUUUAACUCUGCUGUAGAGACACUUGUCAGCGGGGACCAGGGGGUUGUAUAUAUUUGCAUCCAGGCUCUUUCAUACUCUGUGGAUUUGUACAGUGGCUUGGUGCAGUCACACUGUUGAAAGCACCUUAUAUACCUCGAAUUUUCUGUCAAUGUCUUCAUUGUUUUUUGCUGGCAAAAGGUCCCUGUCUCACAAAAUGGCAGCAGAGAACCAUUUCUAACAGAGGCAGUGCCUUAGCUUAGCCACAGAGCAUGUACUUGCUAUGGAUAAAGUUUAAAGUUUAGUUCCAGGCAACUUGGUUAAAAUUAUCUGAAGUGGAAAGCAAUAUUUUGUGGGUGGGUGAGAUAAAGACCUUCUGCCUUGACAAACUGUUGCUGGAGCCAGAUGGGGCAAUUCUUCAUAACUUUUUGUGCAUUCCUAAAUUAUAGUUUCACAGUGAAAAAUUGUGGAUAAUACGACUUCAAGCGGCAUCUUUUUCCUUGGUUUAUGUUAUGUACUGCGAAUUUUAUUCAACCCACUGAUGCCAACAGUAAGCUAACUCAUGGCAGGAUAUUGAUGAGAAACUAAGGGAAGAUCAUAAAGAAGGAUGUUUGCAUUACAGCCACUGUGGUCUGGCUGAUAGUUCAGUUCCUUGGACAAGGAAGGACCAAGUUCUUCACAUUGCUGCUCCAUCAAGCAUCUAACUGGGUCACCGUGGACAACUCACUAAUGUAAACAAAAGAAAAUGUUCUUGGCCACAGAGUCUUUACAAUUUAAAUUUCAAGAAUGCAAAAGGGGGGGAGAGGGAGGGAAGAUAGAGGCAACAGUGAGGGAUAGAUGCCAUCUAAUGUAUUUAGAAGAGCAUGUCUUUCUAUCAUAUUUCCAUCAUAAGAUAUAGAUUGCACCAGUGGUUUCCAACUUGUGCUCCACGAAGCCCUAAAGGCUCCAUGUGUACUUCCCAGGGGCUCAAUGGCCACUCCAGGAAAAUAAAUAAAAAGUGAAUGAAAUUAAAGAAUAAGAAA